UUGUUGAGCUUAGAGCUAGCAGCGCGGUCUGUCCUUCCUCUUUAUUUUCUAAAGCUGAAGUGCCUCAUGCGCUGUGUGACUGGAGGAGGAUGAUGAUGGUGACUGAGGAGCGGGAUGAAGACGAAGAGUCUAGUUUCGAGACCCCUCCAAGAUUAUGUUUACUUUGAAAAUUCUUCCAGUAACCCACUGCUGAUCAGGAGAAUAGAGGAACUCAACAAGACAGCAAAUGGGAACGUGGAGGCCAAAGUGGUGUGUUUCUACAGACGCAGAGACAUCUCCGCCACACUUAUCGCCUUGGCAGACAAACACGCACGAGAGCUGGAGGAGGAGAUGGAGAACCCCGAGAUGGCGGACCUGCCGGAGAAACAGAAACAUCAGUUGAGACACAGAGAGCUCUUCCUGUCCAGACAGCUGGAGUCUCUGCCUGCUACACAUAUCAGGGGAAAGUGCUGUGUGACACUUCUCAACGAGACAGAAACCCUCAAGUCUUACCUGGACAGAGAGGAUGCAUUUUUCUACUCACUGGUGUACGACCCUCAGCAGAAGACUCUCUUGGCUGAUAAAGGGGAGAUCAGAGUGGGGACUAAGUACCAGGCAGAAAUUACCGACCUUCUCAAAGAGGGUGAGGAUGAUGGCAGGGAGCAGGCCAAACUGGAGGAGAAAGUGUGGGACCCCAGUAGUCCUGUCACAGAGAAACAGAUUGACCAGUUCCUCGUAGUUGCUCGGUCCGUGGGUACAUUUGCGCGGGCUCUGGACUGCAGUAGUUCAGUUCGGCAGCCCAGUCUGCACAUGAGCGCUGCAGCAGCCUCCAGAGACAUCACACUGUUCCAUGCUAUGGACACGCUGCAUAAGAAUGGCUAUGACAUGACUCGGGCUAUCGCAGCACUGGUGCCACAAGGUGGUCCUGUGCUCUGCAGAGACGAAAUGGAGGAGUGGAGCGCCUCAGAGGCCAAUCUGUUCGAGGAAGCGCUUGAGAAAUACGGCAAAGACUUUACAGACAUCCAGCAAGACUUUCUUCCCUGGAAGUCUCUGACUAGCAUAAUUGAGUAUUACUACAUGUGGAAAACUACAGACAGAUAUGUUCAGCAGAAGCGGUUAAAAGCUGCAGAGGCGGAGAGCAAGCUGAAGCAGGUUUACAUCCCUAACUAUAACAAGCCCAACCCCAACCAGUUGAGCGUGAACAGUGUGAAGCCAGGGCUGGUGAACGGGGCCGGUGUGUUGCCGGGGGCAACGGGCCAGCCAGCCGGACUGGGCCGGGCCUGUGAAAGCUGCUACACCACCAGCUCGUAUCAGUGGUACUCAUGGGGUCCAUCCAACAUGCAGUGCAGGCUGUGCGCCUCCUGCUGGACAUACUGGAAGAAGUAUGGGGGCCUAAAGAUGCCCACGAGGUUGGAUGGGGAGCGGCCUGGGCCCAACCGCAACAACAUGAGUCCUCAUGGCUUGCCGGUGAGACACAGUGGAAGUCCAAAGUUUGCAGUGAAGACCAGGCAGGCGUUCUACCUGCAGACCACUCAGCUGACCAGAGUAGCCCGUCGAAUCUGCCAGGACCUGCUCAGGUCCCGCUACUUGGCCAGACAUCCCUACCUACCUGUCAACACAGCAGCCAUCAAAGCAGAGUGCGCAGUGCGGUUGCCAGAUAUGUCCAAAAAGCUCAUAGCUUUGAAACAGGCAGUACGGAAGCCUCUAGAGUCUGUGGUUAGAUAUCUUGAGGCCCAUCCAUGCCCUCCUAAACCAGAGCCCCCUCGAGGAGCCUCCAUUUCCACAGGCAGCCUGACGCCCAUCAAGUCCUCCCCCAUCCUCAACAAUGGCUCACCCACCAUUCUGGGCAAGCGCACCUAUGAGCAGCACAAUGGCCUGGAUGGAUCCAAACCCAAAGUACUGGGCCCUCAGUGGGACAUCAUGUCCAAGCGUGUAUCCGAGCAGGGCCGUCCCCCCUCUGCCAUGCAGGACAACGAAGUUCAUGAGCUUGACUGACCCCUUCUGAGGCUUCUGCCUGCUGUUCUUUAGCACGGAAAACAGAUUAAGAUGGAGGUGUUUUUCCAAUUCUCAGCGAUGGAAGGACCUGUGAAGAGGAUCUGUGCUCAGCCUGGGCAAUAUUAGAACUUGUGUCACUCGGAGACACUUAAAAAAAAAAAAAUCCCCCCAAAAAAAAAUGUUUCUGGGCUUGAACUUUGGGCUUUGGCCAAUGAUAGGACUGACCUGUCUGUACAGGACUGUGUUCAAUAUUUACCAUGUAUUGCUACUUCUGUUUAUUAUUAUUAUUAUUAUUAUUAUUAUUAUUACAAGUCUUGUUGCUAUCUUUUUUUUUAAUCAAAUGUAAUCACUUUUAGUUAAAUGUUGAUAAAGCAGAGAAACUAAAAUGUUUCUUGAAACAGCUUGCUCACAAACCCUGAGGGAGGGGAAAACAUGGACAAGCUGCUGUAUUGGCCUCUUGCAUUAUUUUCUAACAUGUCAAAACUGCUCAGAAAAGAGAUGGACAAUUCUUUCCGUACUAUCAUUUUGAUUGUUUGGAUGCUUGUAUUAUUCGGUUUCUUCAGUCCGUCCUGCCCUGACGCCACAGACGUUUAACUUAUUGAUAAAAAUGACAGAAUGUGCUCUUUUUCUACCUUUUUCCACAGUAUUGCAUCUAUGCUUCUAUGGUGUAAUUACAAAAGUUGUUUCUCUUUUGUGAAUAUGUAAAUGAAAACAUUACGGAGGCAUUAUUGUACAGUGGUGCAUUUUGGGCCUCCAGUGUUUAUCAAUGCUUGUUAUAAUGAAUUUGUCAUGUACAGCAUAUUCUUUUUGUAAGGAAACUCUUGCAUAAAUGGAGAAUUGUUCAGAGAUGAUGGAAAUUCUAAAAGGGUACUGCUCCGUGAAUACAAUGCACCUGCUUAAGAAUGA